AUGACCUAUCUCAAGGACGUUUACCAAAGGUUCCUGGCUAACCCCAGGUCUGCCUCGUUGGCCGCCGAUGUGUCCUUGAUCUAUGUGCCCUCCACCAUCCAGAUCGACAAGCCCGAUGCCGUGGUCCAGCACCUGUCGCGACAAGCAAGCAUAGUCAAGAAGAAGUCGGAGCAGAUCAUCAGCGCCAUUGAGGGAUCCGACUCUCUGUGUCUGGAUAUUGAGACGACGCUGGAGUUCAUUGAUGGCGGCGGGGCCUAUCUCCCCUCGCUCGAUGAUAAUUUCCUGGCCGACCGCGUCGUGACCAUCCCCACGGUACACGUUGUUCACUACAAUGCCGACAACCAGAUCCAGCAGGUCCGCCUCUACUGGGACCAGGCCUCUUUGCUCAAAGAAGUCGAGGUGAUCGGCGCACGUGGCCGCAACUGGCCCAUUCGCGAAGCUAAAGAGCAGACUCGUCUGAUCAAGGCUGCCGCCGCGGCGAAGGCCGCUCCUCCGCAAUUGGCCCCGUCGCAGGAUGGCAGCCGUGACCUCCCCCAACGACCUGCCUCCCCCGGCAAGAGACACAUCAAGGACCCGUACGCGGCCGACUCCCUGUUCGACCUCAUUUCGCCCAGCAAACAGGAUGCCGAGCCCGUUCGCCCGGCCUCUCCGGGCAAGAGACACACCAGAGACCCCUACGCGGCCGAGUCCCUGACCGAGCUUCUGUCGCCCAGCAAGGAGAGCUCAGAACCCGUGCGCCCCUAUGCGCCCAGCGUCGCCAAGCCGCCCCAACGUGACCUCAGCGAACUAUUCGUCGGCGAUGGAGAAAAUGAAGUUCCCGACUCACCGUCGAAGCCACCGCGCACAGGGGCCCCCAAGGCAGGCGCGGGCCGAGCCAACCCCAACCGCAUCUUCGGGGCCAACGAGCCAGACGAAGACGAAGAGCGGUCCAAGUACAAGACGGACCCGAAGAAGUUCAGCCACUUCGAGAUCGGCGGCGACAACGACGAGCGUGAGUUGAAGGAGGAACCCAAGCGGGGCAAGUCGCGGCACCAGUCGCAGUGGGACUUUGACGACUUCGUGACGCCGCAGAAGCAGCAGCGGCUGGUCCGCCGCGACGAAGUGCGCCACUUUGACUGGAGCGAUGGCGAGGGCGAAACAGCCGAGACGCCGCCGGCCAGACCGGCUGUGCACCACCCGCGACGCGAUGCCGAGGUGCACUUCGAAAUGAGCGAGGACAACCAGGACGACGACGACGGCCGCAUUAUCAGCUCGUACAAGAACCGCGGCCAGGCCUUGUACCAGAACCGGUUGUUCGACGAGAACGGUGAGGCCGUGCCCAGCACCGUCGAGAAGAAGCACGAGCCUCUGUCGAUUGUCGGCAAUGCCGCCAACCGCAAGAAGAACUUCGACUCCCACUGGGAAAUGACCGAUGACAUGACCGAGCCGAGCAAAUCCGAUGCCGAGAACUCCAAGGCUGUUCCCACGGACCGCAUCAAGGCUGUCAAGAUGAUGGAGUCGUCUUGGGACAACUACGACCAGUCCCCUGAGCCUGUCCGCACUGCUACGCACCUCCGGAACCCGCGUCGUCAUAACCAGCCGAGCUGGACGUUUGGCGACGAGGAGUAA